AUGUUCACAACUGUUGGCACUAUUCCAUCAGGCCAGGUCGGUCCAGGAGAGCAUCUUCCUGAAUGUUUGUUAGCCCAUAUUUCCUCCGCUGGGGCGCUUCUUGAGCCAGACAGUCCUCCGAUAGAGGCCAUAUACACUAGUUCUCAUUCCUUGUCGCAUGUUGGUCAGAAGCAUCACCACACUCACCACUCUGGCAGUGUUCCUCCUACCGGGCGCGAAGUAGACCGAGGCGCCACCUCUUCUGGUACCGGGACCUCGCUCCGACGGGCUGUCUCUAAGGACUUUGAACUAGGCUCUUUACCAUAUACUUCCAACGUCGAUUCUACAACUGUUAAUCCUCCACCUGUUGUCAGAGCCUCUACUGGAGGCAGUGGCUGCAGUUUCAGUUCGCGUGCUUUGCGUGACUUAGCCCCAAUGCAAUCAAGCCGCCAGUCUCCACCUCGAAUCGGCACCGAACUCUCUCAGCCAAGUGCCAUCACAACAUCUGCCACAUGGCAAGAUGACUAUGGGAGCGAUAGCAGUAGCGUUUCACCAACCUCGCGUGCAGCCCCUCACCAAGCUCUCACACCUUUGCAACUUCUCACAAACGCGCCAGUCACUUUAAUCACAGAAAGCCUACCUAUGGCGCUUACCUCCACUAUGGCCGUCACCUCAGGUCUGGUAGCCGAACCGACUUCGGUGCUGGACCAGCCGGUCGAUGUUGACCUCUGCGCAACCGGUGUUUCAGCCCACCCUUGUUCAUCAACUGCCUGCCCCAAAAGAAUCCUCUCUAGCAGACAGACCGGGACCUCAUUGGAUGCCUCGAAUGAUCAGUCGUUGGUCGUCACUUCAGGAGCCUCACCGAAUGGUAUGACAAUAGUUUCAUUUUCACUCACGUUGUUCUAA